AAGGAGUCUGAAGAUUCUCGUCUUUGGGGUUUGAGUCAAAAUUCAUGCAAACAGCUGCGAAUUACUAUUCCAUGAUUUUGACUUGGAAUUCUCGCGACCUUACACAGCCAACGUGCCCUUAACGCCCCCGCACUAUGGAAGCCCAGCUAGCACUGCUUCGAGAACAGCUUAGAGAGGAGCGACAACGUCGAGAAAAUGCAGAAGCUCAAGCAUUGAGAGAGCAACGACGACGAGAAAGCGCUGAAGCCCUUACUAAACCUACCGACUUACCAACCUUUCUGUUAAAAUGCCACACCCUGUCACUGGCCAUCAACGUUGUGAUCGACCCUACCCAGACGACAAAGGGAGAGACAGCAAAUGCAACUCGACGCUACUUCCCUUCACAAAUCAUCCCAUGGGAUGGUUUCAUUGAUGAGCAAGCCUGCAUUUGGGAUCGCUUCCAUCAGCACCCAUCAUUUAUGUUGAUGUCACAAUUUCCUUCAUCUCAUCAGCUGGACUAUGUUCUCACAACAAUAAGACCCAUAACUGCAGAAAUGGAUCUGCGAUACUAUGAACGGGAUACUGUCGAGAAUCAAGUGCAAAUGGUGGUGAAUGCAGUUUAUAUGGAUGACCUGCUGAAGCAGGCGUUCGAGUUGGCUGGAUCAGUGACCUUUGAGAGUCAUACAAACUUGGGAGCUUCCAAGCAAAGCCAACCAGUUGAGGAGGGGAUGCAACACCUGUCCAUUGGCACAAACACAUCCACUACGGAAAACUCUGGUUCUAGAAAGGGAAAGCAGAAACUUACUACGGACAAUAUCCCAAUUAGAGGACAAGCUGAUAGGUUUUGUGUCUAUCGACGAGGCAAUGGUGAAGAUGUCCCGGCGAUUGCUAUUGAGUACAAGGCACCACACAAGCUGACUUGUGAGGAGAUUGCAACUGGAUUGGCCCAGGAGAUACGACCUACCCAAGGUGUGAUCAACAAGGAAGAAGACUCGGCUGAGUUCUACUCAAAGCGCUUGGUCACUGUGGUUGUCACGCAACUAUUCUCAUAUAUGAUAGGCAAGGGUGUGCAGUAUGGGUACAUAUGCACUGGAGAGGUGUUUGUCUUCCUUCACAUCCCCAAAGAUCCAUCAGUUGUCAGAUAUGCGAUAUGCGUUCCAAAUCUAGAUGUUCAGGUUGGCCAUGAGGAGGAUUUCAAGUUAACAGCAGUUGCACAGGUUGUUGCAUUUACCUUGCGGGCUUUGGCAGCACCCCCUCCUCCACAGGAAUGGCAUGAUGCCGCAAGGGAGCUUGGCAUCUGGCCGGUGGAGUACUCGGAAAUUCUAGCGCAAACCCCACCUGGCAAACGGCUGAAAGGCCGCAAGGCUCCUUUGUCCGCAUAUAGUGGUAAAAAGAGUGACCUUCCCCCGUUUCAUAUGAUCUUGAGAUCAUGUCGACCGACCGAGAAUCGCCUUGGCAAUAGAUCUCCAAGUCCUCCGGCCCCCGAUUCUCCCUCACCUGCCAACAGUAGAUCUAGCACUCGCGGAAACCAGCCUCCUGUUCAAUCAAGGGGCCAGCGCGUCAAAAGUCAGGGGCAGGGGCGAAGUGGCGGUCAGGUGAAGAAGACGAGCAUGACUAUGCAGAUAAAGGAUCGACCGUAUUGCUCUCAGGGAUGCCUCCUUGGGUUGCGGGACGGAGGACCUCUUGACCCAUCAUGCCCAAACUUCCAGGAUCACCGUGGGAAGGCCCCCCCAUCCCGUAGUUUCUUGAAACGUAUUCGUUGCCAGCUUGCCGUGGAUCGAGGUGACAAUGCGGAUUGCCGCCCGCUUUAUAAGGCAGGGAGCUAUGGGGCGCUAUUUAAAGUACGGCUUUCCUCCCAUGGCUUUACUCUGGUGGCCAAGGGAGCAAUGAGGGAAAAUCUCAGCGCCCUACUACAUGAACGUGAAGUUUAUGAUAAGCUACGUACCAUUCAAGGCCAUCAUGUCCCUGUCUGUCUUGGUGUUGUGCGGCUGGAACCAAAACGCCCAUACUACUAUGAUGAGGGGAGAUACACUCACAUGCUCUUGCUCAGCUGGGCAGGAAGAUCUAUUUCAGAAGGUCUUGGGCCCAUGGGUCCAUCAAUCUCCAGCAUGGUUAAAUGUUCAAUUCGGGCAAUUCACCGGCAAGGGGUUCUCCAUGGGGAUGCCGAACCCCGGAACAUUCUAUGGAACGAUAUAAACCAGCGUCUGAUGAUUGUCGACUUUGGACAGGCUUCGAUACGACAUCCUUUAUCUAGUGUCUCGCCAAAUAGUUCGAAAAGAAGGCUUCCUAAGGCAAAGGUUGGGGAUGCCUAUACUGUUGAACUUAGGACUGUGCAGGCAAGUAUUGGAGCUUUUAUCCGGAAUCGCGAAGUGUGAAAUAUCGGGGACACCCAUGGUAGACACUCAUGGCCACAUCAAUAUUCUCUACUGGCGGGAGGAGAGCAGUUGAAUAAUGACUGAAAAUACGUCAGCUCUCCAGAGCGUGAUUCGCCUGGGAAUACAGAGCAGGGAGGCCCUAGCCACUCACGACUGACACCGUUUCCUUCUCGCGUUCAACCUCUGGCCACCCGUCAUCUCUUGGAAUACUGGGUAUAAUAAAUCUUUAAUGAGCUCCCUACGACGCAGACAACGAAUAGCCAAAGUGGAUUCCCUCCAAUCUUGCCUCACAAUAAUCGAAGGUUCCGAAGGAUUAUGCCGACUCGUGUGCGCGACUAUAUUUCCAAACACGUCCUCGCCUUCAAGAGGCCGUUCCAACGAUGAUCCAAAUAGCAAACACCUAUCCACCCUGCGACUUCUCGAUGUUUGCCACUAAUUGCUCGGAUGGAAGAUGCCCUGAGGACAACGGAGGAGGUACAAGGUUGAAAGUCAUCCUCUAAAGAGGAAUAAUCAUUUCGAGUAUCCUGGUAUUCAAAAAGGAUAAGAAGUGUUAGAUGCAGACUCUCAUGUUUAUCUCUGGAGCCAAUAAGUAGCUAGUUCAGUUUAUUCAUGAACUCAGCUUCCAGAUCAGGAACACAUGUUGCCAGUCAUGGAUAUGUGGACUCAAGCCGAUUGGAAUAUUCGCGAAGCCCGUCAUUCCCCGGAGAAGCCGGACUGGACAAUCAUGAAACAAAACGGGCGUCCUGUACGGCCAUCUGGAGAGGCAAUACAGUAUGAGAUUGAAGUGGCUUUCGGCCACGUGCCAGAUGAAUCCGAGAUCAGUUCGAAGGACAAGGGAUCUGAGCUGUAAAUAAUGGGGUGCUAGUGUUGAGGAUUGCGCAGAGAGCAACUUGCACCGCUCUAAUGCUCUUGGCAGUGUCCAUAG